AUGUUUGUCUCCGAUCCGUUUCAUCAAAAUUUUACUCUUGGUACGGGUGGUAACCCUCCAGGGGCCGCAUCACCGCUUAUGAUGAUGUGCGGGGUUUAUCCAGAGUCAAACGGGGCGGCCUCUGCCCAUGUCAAUCAGCCCUCAAUUGCAGCAAACACUACGGCCGUUCGGCAAUGCCACUAUGGUUUUCCCAUGAACGGAUUUGGUGCACCUUUGCCAGCACCACAGGAGGAGGAAGGGGAAACAGAAGGACAAUAUAUGUCUGUUGAUAAUCAUUGGAAAGCCCCUGCCUCUGUUCACCCAGCUGCUGCUUCCGCUUCCGCAGGAUGGCAGAUUUUUUUUGGCGCACAGCGCCCAACCUCGGGAGCUGGUAAUUGCAAUUCUAUGAGGUCGUGUGAUGCCUUUCAAGAGAGCCAAAGUAUUCGUGUUGGAAAUCGCAAUGAUGUUCACGUUCACCCCGAGUGCUUGGCGACAAAACCACAAGAAAUGCUUUUAUGGCUUCAAGAGAAAGAGUGUGAGUUUCGGCAGACACGGUUGCAGGACAAAGAAAAGCUUUUUCGAGUUUUUUGUGCUGACCUAAAGGAGGUGGUUGAAGUGCCUAUAUAUGCGCUUCGUUUUACAAAAGGAUUGUAUGUAGAUCCCAGUUUAAGGGCACGAAGGAUGCGGAGUGGACAUCAAAAUCAAUUUGCCAUGAUGGCAUCGCAGUUUCCAACAGCAUGUGGAUUAUUCUCCGAGGAUCCUUCCUUGUGCAAGUGGGAAAGAUGGUGUAAUCAGGUGCAUAUUGAGAAAGGAUGGAUGCAUACUAAGAAGCGCAAGUUUGAGGCAUGGUCUAACGCGCUUGAAAGACGUUUCAAUGGGUUUCCCCCAGACUACCUAUUUCCGGUUCACGAUCCUCAACUGAAAUCUACUUUAUGUCUACCGAAAGCGUGUAUAGCUGGCUUCUCACGUGGCUUAUUUCAGGGAUCCGCGAAGAAGGUACCAAGCGUGUGUAUGCUGUUUCAGCGCGGCCGUUGCACUGCCAAUUCAUGUUGCAAUCAGAUACACGUGGAUCCAGCAUAUUUGCAGCUGCAUCGUUGCUGGGUAUGUAAUAGUGAUAAACUCACGGAAAAGAAGCGGAUAGAACUUUGGGAACAGAUGGAGUCCUUGCUAGCAUCACUCUCGUCGCGUUGUAAGAGGGACGCCAUCGACAAAAAUGAUUUAUCUGAUUCGGCAAGGAAGUUGAAUCCGAAUACUCAACCGUUUGUUUUAUCGCCACCACCAUCGAAGGCCACCGAAGAAAUGACUGUGGAGACCAGUACGAUAAAAAGGGUCAGAAUUAACCCCGAUGCUUGUACUAGGAAGGGGGACGGCAGCGGAACCGAAUCACUAGAUUUUUGUCAGCCAAGUCGUGCUGUUAUGAGUGGCCCAGUUCUCAUGGAAGAACCUGCACUUUAUUUUCCUCCUGUGAGAUCACCAGAUACCCCUGUCAUUGCGCGGCCACAUCAGCAAAAGCAGGAUAGUUUGCAUACACAUAUAUCUACAAAUGGUACAAGCAGUAGUAACUCUCGUUUGCGUACGACCACUGCUGCGGGAAAGAUUUUGCCUCUAGGGGAGUUUUUUCCGAUAGUGGACGGAGAUGAGCGGUCACAAUCAUCUCUCCAAGCGAGUCAUAGUAAUAUAAGUCAUGCCAGCCGAAGUCACCGACACACGAACAACCCUUACACUCUUGGUGGUAGUUCAAGUUGCGCCGCCUUGCCCAGUUUUGGAUGGGUACAGCCUGUGCGGAGUGCAGGAAACAGUGUCACCACGAUUUCAACCAGUUAUAUUGGGGCAGACGCCAGCGGAUCCACCGUCAACGUUGGGUGUGGAAUGCGAACAAAAGCGGAUCCAUCUCCUGGAGCAUCCGUUAUUGUUUCUGCACUGUUUCCGGCGUAUCAUGACCCUGACAGAAGUCUUCACGCUUCAGCUCCCAAUCAACCAUGGAAUGGUUCAGGCAGCGUUGGUGCGAAGACAAUGGAAUAA